AUGGCCGCCACGUUAUCCCUGGCCACCUGGUCGUCGUCGGUGGCAUAUUUACCAUCCAUUUUGUACGAAAAGCCCCCCCCACAUAAAGAACAAGGUCCAUUGCACGUGGACCCAAACGGGCGGCAACUGUACCCGAAUGAAAACAGCUGGAACCGGGCGGCCAACAUGCUAUUCCUGGAGGCGCCGGCAGGGGUGGGCUUUUCGUACAAAAUGGAUGGUAAAUAUGCCACCGACGACGACCAGGUGGCCAGGGAUAACGUGGCGGCCAUCGAGUGUUUCUACCGCAAGUUCCCGCAGUUUAAGACAAACGACUUUUACUUAAUGGGCGAGAGCUAUGCCGGCAUAUAUGUGCCCACACUGUCCGUACAGAUACUGAACGCUAUUACCAAUGCCUCCGCCGCACCGGUUGGUAGUGGCGGUGGUUUGGCCGGCCUUAACUUCAAGGGCUUCGCGGUAGGCAACGGUUACCUGGAUCAAAAAAUGUUGGGCAACUCGCUGCUGACAUUCGGCUACUAUCACGGCCUAUACGACCACUACGUGUGGGACGCGUUGGUCAACAGUUGUUGUCCACCGGUGGCUAACGGGUCAACAGUGGCCGCCAGUCGAUGCGAUUUUGUCAGCAACCGGAGCGCCGCCUGCGUGUCGGCCGUCAGUCGGGCCUCCGGUUUCAUACGAGAGCCCGGACUCAACGUGUAUAACCUGUACGCCGACUGUUGGUCACCGUCGGACAGCACCUUCGGUGCGAUACUGACCGCCAGUGUUGCCAACAUAACCGGGAAGUAUUCGCGUGAAACGUUUGACCACCGGUUAAUGAUCGGUACGUUAAACCUGACGGACGAGCGCCCGCUGUUGGACAAGCUAUCGGUGACUCCGCCCUGUAUUGACGCCAGUUUUGUCGAGCACUGGGUCAACGACCCGGUCGUACGGCGCGAUCUACACAUACCCGAUGCGGUGCAACAGUGGACCAGUUGUAGCCUACCGGUGAUGGCCGGCUAUCGUAAUAUUUACACCUCGAUGAAAGCGCAGGUGCAGCAACUUCUGGCGUCGGACAGGCAUUUAAAAGGGUUGAUAUAUAACGGGGACGUGGAUAUGGCGUGUAAUUUUUUGGGUGAUGAGUGGUUUGUAGAGGACCUGAACCGAACACUGGUCAGCGAGUAUAAGGCCUGGAAUUAUAAUAAACAAAUCGCCGGCUUUUAUAAAGUGUACGAUAGGCUGGCGUUCGCGACGGUUCGCGGCUCCGGGCAUAUGGUGCCCACCGAUAAGGCCGGCGCCGCACUCGAGAUGUUUGAAAAGUUUAUUAAUUCACCCGCGAGUGCAUUGAAAUUACAUUAA